AUGAUAUUGUUUAACGAUCACGCAGAAUUUGAAGUUGGUUAUACGCACCAAGUCUGCCUGCCACCCAGAGUCACACGUCGUCCUCACCCAACACCCCCUGCUGUCCUCCCCCAUCCUCCUCUUCACCUUCAGCUCACCACCCUGGCGAACGUUCCACGCGGAAAAAAAAUUCGUAAACCACUAAAAAGUCGUCAUUCGCCCAGCGUGAAACCAAUCUGUUUCGGAAAAUCGUUGACCUUGGGGUUACACGGUGCGCUGGAAUUUGCAAUUUUGGAAGCCAUAAUUUCAUCCUGCAUCUUGCGAUAUGUUAUUUUGGAAGUAGAUGAGCCAAAUGGACGGUUGGGGAAGGUCUUUCAAUAUCCGCCAUGGUGCCAGGGAAAAAGGACCAUAGCGUCGUCAGCCGGUGGAGGAGGCAGAAUGAGCGAACCAAUGUGA